GAGCGCGUCGGUUUGUUGGCCUAGAGGGGCCUGUCUCUCCGGGAAGGAGCCAAUAUGGAGCUGCCGCGGGACGGACGAAUUUUUAGGCGAAAUGUUGGGGCGAGGUCCACUGUGUCGUCGUGUUCGUCUUUCGCCAUGGAGGUUAAGAGGAAGAAAAUAAGAGAAAGCACAUUGUUUUUACAAAACGAGGACUGUGAUAUUCAAGAGAAGAUGGACUUUGAGAUGCGAAUGAGAGCGGGUGCAUACAAGCUUCUGGUUGCCAGCACCAAGAGAGAACAAAUCCUUGAUGCAGCCAAAAGCCUGAUAACCUGCAAUGCAAGAAUCAAAGCCUACAUGGCUGAGGCACAGCAGAGGAAGGAACAGCAGGACAUGACUGAGAAUUUUAGGAGGAGAUCUUUAGACUCCCAGAAUCGAGUGGCUUGUAAGGGCAAAGUAGCUAUAUCUGGUCUGCGAAUCCCUCUGUUUUGGAAGGAUUCUGAACAUUUCAGCAACAAAGGGAAUUCUCAACGGGUGGCAGUUUUCUGUCUAAUGAAGAUUGGCUCUGAAAUAUUUGACACAGAGAUGGUGAUAGUUGACCGAUCAGUGACUGAUAUCUGCUUUGAGGGUGUAACUGUCUUUUCGGAGGCUAAGCCAGACUUUGAGCUGGCAGUUGAACUCUACAGCUGUGCAGUAGAAGAGGAGGCAACUCUGGUCAACACACCAAAGAAACUGGCCAGAAAAUUUCGUUCCUCUUUUGGUAAAGCAUCUGGAAAGAAACUUGGCUCCACUCUAGAUGGAGGUGAUCCUGAUGCUUUUCUUCAGUCCAACCCAAUGCCACCUGGGGUACAAUAUUCUCUGUUGGCAUACACAACCCUGGGUUUGGAACAGGCAGAAGGCUCAUUCCAGUCUCACUCACUCAUAGUCUUACAGAACGUGGUGGCAUCAUCAUGGCUGCCUCUCUAUGGGAAUCUGUGCUGUCAGCUGGUGGCACAGCCUCACUGCAUGACACAGGAUAUGAUGAGCGGCUAUCUUAGCCAACAGCAAAGUAUUGAGGGUUUGCAGCGCUGCUGCAGGCUGUACUGUGUGCUGAAGGCUGGCCUCCUCUCCUGCUAUUUCACUCCUGAGGAGAUCCAAGCCAAAGUGGAGCCCAGCUUUGUUAUUCCUAUAAACAAGGACACCCGCAUUCGUGUGGUGGAAGGGCAUCAGAAGAGUGGAGCUAGACUGAGUCUGAUUAAUCCAGGGAUGGGAGACCCCGCUAGCCAUGUAUUCACAGCUGAAACACCAGAACAAUUGCAGGACUGGCUGAAUGCCCUUUGGCAACACAUUCAUGACAAGAGUCAGUGGCAGCACACCUGUGACAGGCUGAUGGAGAUUCAGAUUUUGUCCCCACGGAAGCCCCCACUUUUCCUCACCAAACAAGCUGACUCUGUUUACAAUGACCUGAGCAUUGGUUCACCAGGGAAAUUUGAGAGUUUGACUGAUAUAAUUCACAAUAAGAUCGAGGAAACUGAUGGGCGCUUUCUUAUUGGUCAAGAAGAGGAGAAGGAACCUCCUCAUUGGGCAGCCCUGUUUGAGGGCUCCCAUUCGAUGGUGGUGCAGAAAACAGUUUUGUCACCAGGUAAAGAGAGUGCCCAGUCCACUUCCAGUCCAACUUUGAACAGCAACAAGAAGAGAAGAGCUCCUCCACCUCCCCCGGGUAAAUUACCAUUUGUCCAACCUGUCCCAUGUCUUCUGGAGAAGGAGAACUCUUGUAAGGCGACGAGGCCUCGAACAGGGCGGCCUUCCCUGGAUGCUAAAUUCUCUGCCAUCAUUCAGCAGUUACAGAAGACCCAUGCCCCACCACGCAAAAAUCCACCUUUAGCCCAGAUCGAGCCCUCUCAGAACCCUUACACUCCAAAAAAGAGGGAUAUUGAGCUUGCCCAGGCUGAACACGCAGAAAAAAUGAGCACCGAAGCUCUUCAGCCUCCCAUCCCUGCCCCCAGAAACAAACUGAGGAAGUCUUUUAGGGAGAAGAUGAACCCCAAGGCCUGGUAA